CUCGUCAGGGCAGCGGCUGAGCCCCUCGGGGCACCAGCGGGCUGUGCGCGGCGCUGCUGGCCAGUCUGUAGGUGGGGAACUGAGGCAGGGAGAGAGUAAGGCCUGGGGUCAACAAAGGCACUUCAGCGUUGCAACGCCGAGCGCCCUAGGAACAGCACUGGGGGCCACCGAGCCAGGUGCCUAGACGCCGCAGCGAUGUAUGGGAGAGUUAGGCACCUGAAACUGUGAUCUACACCAGUGGUUCUCAACCAGGGGUACGCGGAGGUCUUCGGGGGGAGGGAAAUCAACUCAUCUAGAGAUUUGUCUAGUUUUACAAGAGGCUACAUAAAAAGCACUAGCGAUGUAACUACAAAUUAAUACUUGUUUAUACUGCUCUCUAUACUGUACACUAAAGUCAGGUAACAAUGACUUCACCAAAUAAAGCACUAGAACUACAGCUGCAAAUGAAGCAAAAUGCUGAAGAGCUGCAUGAUUUUGUGAGAGAAUUAGAAAGCUGGGAAAAAGAUGUUAAGCAGAUGGAUUCUGAAUUGAGGCAACAGAGUGGUGUCCCAGAAGAGAAUUUACCACCAAUUCGAAAUGAGGCUUAUAGGAAAAAGAAGAAGAGCACAGCUAAAGUACCUUCUAAGAAAACCACCGAGGAAAACAAAAAAAACAAGAUAAAAUCUUAUGACUAUGAAGCAUGGGGAAAGCUUGAUGUGGACAAAAUACUUGAAGAACUUGACAAAGAAGAUAGUACCCAUGAUUCCUUAUCUGCAGAAUCGGACUCUGAAGAAGAUGGAAUUCAUAUAGAUGCAGAAAAAGCUCUUGCUGAGAAAGAAAAGGGCAAUAUGUACUUUCAACAAGGAAAGUAUGAUGAAGCAAUAAAAUGUUACACAAAGGGGAUGAAUGCUGAUCCUUACAAUCCAGUCCUCCCCACAAACAGAGCAUCUGCUUUCUUUAGAAUGAAAAAGUUUUCUGUUGCUGAAUCUGACUGCAAUUUAGCACUUGCACUAAAUAAGAAUUAUACAAAGGCUUAUUCUAGGAGAGGAGCUGCUCGCUUUGCUUUGCAAAAUCUUGAGGGGGCCAAAGAAGAUUAUGAAAAGGUUUUAGAACUGGAUCCAGAUAACUUUGAAGCAAAAAAUGAACUCCAGAAAAUCGAUCAGGUUCUAACAUCAAAAGAAAAUUCACAACAAAACGAAACUGAAGAAGUUGGAAAGAAGCUUGAAUUAACAGAAGAAGAAAAGAAGCAAAUAGAAGAGCAGCAGCUCAAGCAGAAGGCUAUUGCAGAGAAAGAUUUGGGAAAUGGAUAUUUCAAAGAGGGAAAAUAUGAAGCAGCAAUUGAAUGUUAUACACGUGGUAUAGCAGCAGAUGGCACCAAUGCACUUCUGCCAGCUAACAGAGCUAUGGCCUAUCUAAAGAUUCAAAAAUAUGAAGAGGCAGAAGCAGACUGCACACAAGCUGUACUAUUAGAUGUUUCCUAUUCUAAAGCUUUUGCCAGAAGAGGGACUGCCAGAGCAGCACUAGGAAAGCUAAAAGAAGCUAUGCAAGAUUUUGAAACAGUUUUGAAGUUGGAACCUGGCAAUAAACAAGCAAUAAAUGAACUAACCAAAAUACAGAAUGAAUUAGUUGAGAAAGGGCUGUGGACUUACCAGGAAUGUCCUGAACCAUCCGCAGAAGAAACAGAAAUACGAAGCCUAGUGCAGCCCAUUGAUAAACCCUUACAUCUUCGAUCAACUAAACCUUUGAGAAGAAUAUUCAUUGAAGAAGUAGAUGAUGAGAUGCAGAAUAUUGAUGUGCCUAACACUACUACUCUAAUCAAUAAUUGGAUUAAUUCUACAAGCAUAGAAACAACAAAGAAUCCAAGUCAAGAUGACCUCUUAACCACAUCUGAGACUCCUAGAGCAAAACAAUUGAAAAUAGAAGAAAUCAGUGAUAUACCAGCCUUCCAACCUCCUACCAGUGUGAAAGAUAUGCCAUCAGCUACACCUCAGUCGUCCAGUCAGAGAAAUCAUCUAGAAAAAGAAAAAAUAUUACUUCCUGCAUCCACAUCUGAUGUCCCUGCAAUUCCUGCAAAUUCAUUCCAGCUUGAAUCUGAUUUCAGAAAAAUGAAAAGCUGCCCAGAUAAGAUGUACAUGUACCUAAAGCAAAUAGAGCCUUCGCUUUACCCUAAGCUGUUCCAAAAAUCCUUAGAUCCAGAUGUAUUUAACCAGAUUUUGAAAAUUCUCCAAGACUUUUACAUUGAGAAAGAGAAACCAUCUCUCAUCCUUGAAAUUCUCCAGAGGCUAUCUGAAUUAAAAAGAUUUGAUAUGGCAGUGAUGUUUAUGUCAGACGUGGAGAAAAAAACUGCACAUGUAUUGUUCAGUCACAUGAACCAGUCAGGAUUGGAGGAUAAUUCUGUUGAAGAGUUGAAGAAGAAAUAUGGUGUUCAGUAUUAAUGAGAUUACUGAUGUUACAUAUUUAUAUAUGUAAACUAGUCUGAUUCCGCACCUCUUCUCUGAGCUACUUGUACUGAAGUCAGUGAAAGUUACAUCCAUGAAGUUGUAUUUAUGUAGAUAAUGAAAUCCUUGUACCAGACAAAACCAAAUGGCAAGUGCCUAGAAAGGAUAAUGUUCUAUGCCCCAGUUCUGCAAUUGUGCCCAUUAUUUCAGAGCCCUGUGUGGCACCAGGAGGACUCUCCCCAGGCUUAACAGUCCACUUGAGUAGAUUGAGUUGCAGGCUAAAGGCUGUAGCCGGGCAGUUAUUCAGAAAUAAAGUGAAUUAUUUAUAAACGUGGGUUUUGGUAAGAAUAAUUUGGUACCUUGAUGAUUAUUAAAAGAUCAGCAUUCAUUUUAUUUUGGGAAAUAAACUUAACA